AUGGACGAGGACGAAGACCAGGAGCCCCUGGCCGUCGUCGGCUCCCCCUACUGGAUGGCCCCAGAGGUUCUCCGAGGAGAAGUGUACAAUGAGACGGUGGACGUGUUUGCGUUCGGGAUCAUCCUGUGUGAGGUCAUUGCGAGGAUACAGGCCGACCCUGACAUCCUGCCACGCACUGAGGACUUUGGUCUGGAUGUCGAGGCCUUUCAGCAGAUGGUGGGCGACUGUCCCUCAGAUUUCCUCGAACUGGCCAUUUCCUGCUGCAAUAUGAAUGCAAAGCUCCGUCCAUCCUUUACCCAAAUCGUAGCGGAGCUGGAGAGGAGACAGGCAGAGAGGAAGCAGAAGGACGAGCUGGCGGUCAAACGCGUCUCUCCAUCCAUCAGCCCUCUGUGGAAAUCGCCCCUCUUCCGCACAUCGGACCCUCGACUCUCCCGCAGUAAGUCCGACAUGCUUCACCCCCAGGACACGCCCCCCUCUGUCAACCAGGUGCCCCCCGCCCGCAUCAACCCCUUCUCUCAGAGGGAGGACCUGAAAGGGGGCAAGAUCAAGUUGUUUGACACGCCCAGCAAGUCGGUCAUCUCCCUGACCUUCACCCUGCCCCCUCCACCCGACUGCGACGAACCUUCAGCCUCCGAGACAGACGGCGUCAACCUGCACCGGAGGCACAGGCGCUGCCACUCGCUGCCUUGCACGCCUCCCCCGUACCUCACGUCGGCGCCAAACACCAUCCUCAGUGAGGCUGAGUCCCCGUCUGAAAGGAAAGGUGAAAUAAAUGGAGAGGGCAAUGAGAACAGACUGUUGGAAGGGAAGGAGAUGGGGGAGGAGAGCGGGACGCACCAGGCAGGUGACUCUGGUCUUCCUCUGUCUCUCGAGCCGCUGUCCCUCGACCAAGAGGAGGAGAAAGAGGAGGAUGAGGAGCCCAUGGACUGCACCAGCUCUCCGGACACACAAGACGACAGCACUUCAUCUUCUUACUCCAAACCCACACACUCCUCUACUCCACUCCAACCCUCCACCCCUCCCUUCUCUAACGGCUGGGGGUCCGCCAUCUCCAACGGGCCUCCGUGCCUGCCUCCCCUCACCCAUUUGGACAACAACAAUGUGGUCGUCAGCCGGCCGCUGGGAUGGAGCACCCCGACCCCAAAUGCCGCCACCACCAACAACAACGGCUACCACUCACCUCCUGGAGAUCCCGCCGGUUUGUCCCCGUUUGGCUCCAGCAGCGGCCACUCUCUGGACCAGGAGGAGGUCGUCUCCUGUCCGGGCUGCUGCCUCGCCGGCCUCCGCUUCCCCUCGGUUUGUCUCAGAGCUCCACCGCGCAGGAACCCCUACAAGAACCUGAACAGGGACCACGCAGCCUCACGCGGGCUGCUCAGUCCGGGACCCAAGGGUCUGCCGCCGUCCUCCACCUCCACCCCCACGACCACCACCAGCCUGGAGCCGGGCCGCGUCCUGCCAGGGGCGCAGACAUAAGCCCGGACUCCUCGACACCAAAUACACGAGUGGAGACUCUGCACCUAAAGAUCUUCCCUGGAGAUGAAGUGGGUCUUUCUUAGAAUUUGCACAGAUUUUAACACAGCAAUACUCUGCUUCCUCUCCAGACACAAUGUGCGGUGCAGAGCGUCCAGGUCGGUUUCCUAAAACACUCCAGACUUGGAAGAGUGGCUGAGUGGUGGCGGGACAAGGAGCUUUCUCUUGACUUUUUCUUUUGUGUGUCGCCCUCUGCUGGGCUGAGGGCGUCAGCUGUGCCUGCGUGGAUGUGACUGACGAGCCGAUCCGCAUGUAAACACUUCGGGGCCCAGUCGAUUUCGAUCCUGUAUAUUUGCAGCUGUAAAGAUUCUUAUGACUGAUGAUGAUGAUGCUGAAAUGAGGAAUGUUAAGCUUAGUAUUAUUACUGUUGCAAUGAUUUCUUGAUGUUUGGUGCUGUUUCUGAAUGAACAGGCAGUUUUUGCUUCUGUGUCUUUAAUUAUCAAGGUGUACAGUGCGCUGCUGAGGUGUGUGUGUGUGUGUGUGUGUGUGUGUGUGUGUGUGUGUGUGUGUGUGUGUGUGUG